AUGCGUCUGCUGCGGAGCAGCCUGAAUGGGAGCUUUGAGCUAGCCCCUGAAUUCCCGAGAAAUGUAACGCCACCUAGGUAUGCCAUUUUGUCACAUACGUGGCUUCAAGGCGACCUGGAGGUCACAUAUGAGGAUAUGCGGAAUAAAACGGCCCAGGCCAAACCCGACAGCUGUGCCAAAAUCGAGUUCUGCAGCAAACAGGCCGCCAAAGAUGGCAUCGAAUUUUUCUGGGUGGAUACAUGCUGUAUAGACAAGCAAAAUCCAAAAGAGUUACAAGAUGCUAUAACAUUGAUGUUCCGAUGGUAUCGUCGUGCGGUCACAUGCUAUGUCCACAUGGCCGAUGUAACUGGGAAAAGCGCCAACUUGGUGCAAACCUGGGACUCGGAAUUCCGCAAGUCCAGGUGGUUUACACGCGGCUGGACGCUCCAGGAGCUUCUUGCUCCGACAUCCGUGGAGUUCUUCUCGCGACAGGGUCAACGCCUUGGCGACAAGUCGUCUCUACACCAAAGCAUCCACAAAACAACUGGCAUUCCGCGUGCUGCACUUCAGGGUGAGCCGCUUAAGAACUUCUCCGUCCCGGAACGAUUUCGAUGGGCAUCGGGCAGAAACACGACUUAUCCAGAAGACAAGGCAUAUUCGUUGCUUGGAAUCUUUGGAAUCCAUAUGCCUCUGAUUCCCCACGAGCCAGAAGAGAGUGCUAUGUCUCGUCUGCGAGAAGCGAUAGAAAAAAGAUCUCCGGGCCAGACCGCGCCGGACACCCUACUAGAAAGUCUGCCCAUUAGUCAUUCUGCUGCCUUCGACUCGGCUGAAAAUCAGUAUGAGUCCGUGUGUCUUAAGGAAACGAGAGUCGAGCUUAUCAGGGAGAUCGACCUCUGGAUUGAGUCGCCGGACGAACGCUGUAUCUUUUGGCUGAGCGGGAUUGCGGGCACGGGAAAGUCAACUGUCGCUCACACGAUUGCUCGCAAUCACUCCCAGGACAGUCUUGGGGCGAGCUUCUUCUUCUCCAAGGGCGGCGGAGAUGAUAGUCAGGCCAAUAAGCUCAUCCCGACCCUCGCCUCCCAACUGGCUCAUCGAAUACCAUCCAUUCGUGCACACAUCUGCGAGGCCAUUCGGGAUGACAGUGGCAUCGUACAGAAGGGUAUUCGAGACCAGUGGCUGGAAUUGGUCGUAAAGCCAUUAUCGAAGGUGAAAGAUAUAGAUCGUCGACCCGCGAUACUACUGGUCGUUGAUGCACUAGACGAAUGCACAAACAAGAAAGACAUCGAGCUUAUUCUGAAGCUAUGGUCGGAGACUGACAGGUUGAGUGAGCUUCGCUUGCGGAUUCUCAUAACAAGCAGACCCGAAAUUCCGAUUCGAUACGGGUUUGAAGAGAUCUCAGAGUCUAGACGCAGAGGGGUUGACCUACACGAUGUGAGUCAGGAUACAAUAGAUCAAGAUCUUCGAUCUUUCUUCGAGCACGAAUUAAGCGCUGUGCGCCAGCAAAGGAAUAUCGAACCUCCCUGGCCAGUGGAAAAAGCAAUUGCAGACUUGAUAGAGCUUUCAUAUGGACUGUUCGUCUGGGCUUCAACUGCUUGUCGGCAUAUAAGUUCACACGGACCGGGUGCAAAAGAUCGCCUAGCAAAGCUUAUCAAUGACAAGAAGUUUCGCGCUGGGCAGGAAAAUCUGGAUUCCCUCUACCUCAGCGUCCUCGAAGCAGCCGUACCAAAGGGCGACCAGGAUGACGACGAAAAUGCUGUGAUACACCAAAGACUACGAGCAAUUCUCGGGUCCAUAGUUCUUCUCAACUCCCGUAUUUCUCUACCCGCCUUGGCGAGUCUGCUCAAUAUGGAGCUGGCCACYAUCAAAGACUCAUUGGCAGACCUGCACGCGAUCAUCAGGAUUCCCAAAGAUGAUGAUCAACCGUUGCGUCUUCAUCAUCCUACCUUCCGGGAUUUCCUUCUUGACAAGGGUCGAUGUCGCAAUCUUAAUUUCUGGAUCGAUGAAGUCGCUGCUCAGCAUACACUUGCAAAGAAUUGCAUCCAGCUAAUGUCUAAACAACUCAGACGUAACAUAUGUGGCUUGGAAACUCCCCAAGCCUCCUUGGAUGAUCUUGAUGGCAAUAUGACGGGCCUUAAUUUUCCUUCUGGACUGCAGUAUGCAUGCCUCGAGUGGGCAGAUCAUAUCCGACGUGCAGAAACACAGAUGCGACAAGAGGGUGCACUGCGCGACAACGACCAGACCCAUCGCUUUUUGAAGAAGCAUUUCCUUCACUGGGUCGAAGCUCUCAGUAUCUUGCGGAAGAGUUCGAGCAUGACGACUGUUAUGAGGACUUACUUGUCCCUCCUCAAGCCUGGCGAAAACGCAGAACAGGUACCCUUCAUGAAGCAUGCCCGCAUGUUUAUCGGAGAGAAUCACCCAAAGGCCGAAAAGGCACCUCUGCAGCUUUACUGUGCGGGCUUAUUGUUUAUGCCGACAUGGAACCUACUCCGUCGCCAUUUCUGGUCGAAGCUCCAUCCUUGCUUUGAGGAUGCUCAAAUCGUGAGAAUGGAUGGUCCCGACGAGAAAUCGCAGUACAACUACGUCAACGAUAUAGUAUUCUCACCAGAUGGACGAAAGUUGGCAUCCGGGUCCUUGGAUGAAUGGGCGAGGGUCUGGGAUUACUCAAGAUUGCGAGAAGAGUCAAAGUACCCGGGACACGGGGACAAAGUCAGCUCAGUCGACAUAUCAAGCGAUGGCAAGCUACUCGCGUCAGGAUCGGACGAUUCCACCAUCAAGAUUUUCGCAAUGGACACGACCGAAGCGCUUUACACGCUGACUGCGCACUCCAAGUGGAUUGACUCUGUCGUUUUCUCACCUGAUGACCAGCUGCUUGCAUCCGGCUCAAUGGAUGAGACCGUACGCCUUUGGAAUAUGGCGACGGGCAAAGAGGUUGACACUCUGGAGCCAGGACUUGGCGGCAUAAACUCUGUMUCGUUCUCCCCAGACGGCACAUUGCUUGCGCUUGGCACAGCCAAUCCAGUAAUCAAUCUCUACAGCAUCGAGCAGCGUAAGUUUGUCCACAAACUACGUGGUCACGAGGAGCUUGUAAAUUCUGUCCAAUUCUCUCCUGACGGGCAGCUCAUGGUCUCUGGCUCAGACGAUAACACCCUGCGAAUCUGGGAUCUGACCACGUGGGAAGAAAAGUUUGUCCUUGAAGGCCACGAAGACAAAGUCUGGGCCACCAGUUUCUCUCAGAUUACGCCUUAUAUGGUCGCGUCAGGCUCUGAGGAUAGAACGAUCAAAGUCUGGAACCCUGUCAACGGCAACCUCCUCGCUACACUCAAAGGUCACACUAGCGGCAUCUGUGCCGUUGCAUUCUCCCCGGAUGACCGGACGCUCGCGGCUGCGGCUUUCAAUGAUGAGGUCAGAUUCUGGUAUGCGAAGAAGGAAGAGGUUGGAGCAGUUGAGCCUGCUGGUAAGCUUCCCGACUUCACCCAAGACCAUCUCGAUGAUGAGUCAGGUCAAGCCGCAGAUACAUUGGAGAAUCAACACGGUCACCAAAGUGCAGUCACAUCUCUGGCCAUAUCAUCAGAUGGUCUAUACGUCGCUACCGGUUCUCAUCACGAUACCAUCAAGCUCUGGGACACAGCUGGAAAGGAGAAAGCAGUACUGCAAGGUCAUUCCGGUGGAAUUCUAGAUUUGGUAUUCUCGCCAGACAACCAGCUACUGGCCUCGGCUUCUACAGAUGUGACCGUCUGCAUCUGGGAUAUUGAAUCGGGAAAGCUUUCGCACACACUGCAAGGCCAUACAGAUGCCGUUAAAGUGGUGCGCUUCACCAGUGAUGGCUCGUUACUUGCCUCAUGUUCGAACGACAGUACCAUCAGGCUCUGGGAUCCCAGGGCAGGCGAAUUGCGAAGCGUCCUUCAAGGGCAUGGAAGUGCAGUAAACGAUAUUGCAAUCUCUCCGAAUGAUGAGCUUGUUGCAUCUUGCUCAGCAGAUGCAAUGGUGUGUCUAUGRAAUGUGAAGUCAGCCACUCAGGUGUUUGAUCCUAUCAACGCGCAUGGACAAUCGAUCAACUCGAUUAGAUUUUCGGCUGAUGGGAAGCUUCUUGUGACUGCCUCUGCCGACAUGACUGUGAAAGUCUUUGACGUUGAUGGCAGAGCGUGCAAGUCGUACAAGGGACACACCGGCCCAGUCAAUUGUGCUUCCUUCUCCCCAGACAUGAAGACCAUUGUGUCCCGCUCGGACGAUCUCACCAUCAGGCUUUGGAACUACGAUACAGGAAUUGAGCAACAAACAUUACAAGUCGGUGUUGCGAUACGAGAGGUGUCCUUCUCGGACUGCGGCUGCUAUAUCGAGACUGACAGAGGCUGCUUGAACAUUGCGAACGCCCCCGAUCCUUCUCGCCUGGAGCUCUCCGAGGCAUCAUCAGAGAACGCCGUCCAGGAAAAAGCUGACAUACAAUCCAGCGACACCCAUCCAGUCUUUGCCACAGAGGAAUGGGUGCAGCGCAACGGGACUAAUGUUCUUUGGCUACCUGAACACUUUCGAGUUUCACGCGUUGCAGCAUGGAAUGAGGCCGUGGUUCUGGGCCACGCAUCUGGCGCAGUUUCUUUCUUUCCUCAUCUGGCCUCACGGCAUAUUCCUCUACGCAUUUGA